CGGUCCAGGUGCUCCAGCCAACCGUGUGCUCAGCCGUUCAUCAGAAGAAGACAGUGGCCGGGAGGAAAGUGUGUGUGACUGUGGGGUAUCGCGAUUACAGACGGGUCAUUGUUCUGAUUUAACCGCUGCCUCUUCGCGAUCUCCUCGCCCUCAGUCUUCACUCGCAUCCCAUGAGCUUGGAAAACCCCGUGCUUCCGAGAUACAGCUGAACUCCCUAGGCGCAUAAUGUUCAAGAAGAGCAAGAGCAAAGUUCUGGUGGAUGAAGCGUCAGAAGAGGAGGAAGACGUGUCGUGGCAUCACGAUCACGCGAGGAAGGAUAAAGACUCUGAGGGAACAGAGGAAGUUCUGAGUCCCUCAACAAAGGAUUCAAAAUUAAAGAAGGUUAAAUCAAAGCGAGAAAAAGGAGACAAGAAGUUGUUUCCAUCUCAGGACGAUGAACACAUCUUGCUGACAGGAGUCACGGUCUCUCACAGAAGAGGGUCUGCUAAGAAAAACUGGGAGGACGACAAGAGUAAAGUGCACCCAGAAAAAGACAAAGCACACUGUCUGUGGGACAGCAUCACAAUGACGAUGAAGCAAAUCACACCCACAAAGAAGAUCGACAAGAUUGAGGGCUGGGAACCGCCUCAGCUGAACGACGGAAUGGAGGAAGAAAACAAUGAGCCGGAGAAGAAGAGGAGCGACUCGACCCCGCUGUCCUCCCCUCUGACGCUGUCUCUGCCACAUUCUCUGGGUCUGCCGUCCUGGGUUGGUUUGGGUUCGGAGGAGGACUCGUCUCGUUACGCUAGUCUGACUGAAUCACAGACGGGUGGCCCUGCCCAGUGGGCGGCUCGGGCGCGAGAUAAAUUAGCAGCCGUUCGUCGCCGAAGUCCAGCCAGCCUAUCAGAAAAUAAUUGGGAGGGGCUGAAAUGAUUUACAUAUUAAUGUAUGUGAGGAUGGCCACGCCCCGUGUAUACCAACUCUAAUUGGACAGCCCACCGAUGUGAAGAUGUGAAGAGUAGGACCCUCAGACCAAGAGUGCCUGCGUCAAUGAUUUAUUGUCACUUUUUCAUUUGAUAUAAAAUACGUGUCCAACUUUUGAAUGGA